UUCCGGAUGUUAUUCCAGCAGAUAGAAGGAGCAAAGAUGGCGGAGUCUGAGAGAGAGGCUCCGUCAGUUCUGUCUGCGGACUUCAUGAACUUCUCCCCUAAAGACUCGGCCUCGCGCUGGCUGGAGGCCCCCGACCUGCAGCAGGAGGUCUAUGGUCACCUGGCCCACUACGUCCCCCGGAUCCUGUGCCAGGGGCCCCACAGCGGCGGCGGCAGGGAGCAGCAGAGGGAGGAGCUGGCCACCCAGCUGCUGCUCCUGGCUCCUCUGGAGUGGUUCCUGCUGGGGGGGGAGCCGGCGUCCGGCCUGGCGAUGCUGCAACAGAACAACCGCUCCCCCCCGCUGUGCGGACGGGUCUUCAAGGUGGGGGAGCCCACCUACUCCUGCAGGGAGCUCUCUGUUUACCAGAUGACCACGUCAGGAGGUGGAGGGUUCUGUGACUGUGGAGACACGGAGGCUUGGAAGACGGGUCCAUACUGUCAGAACCACACUCCUGCAGAGCGCAGCAGACAGGCGGAGGAGGAUCCCGUCUCCCUGCUUCCUCCUGACCUGGUAGCCAGGAGUUCCAGAAUCUUCUCCAUCAUCCUGAGGUACGCCGUGGACCUGCUGACCUGGGACCAGGAGGACCAGCUUCCUGCAGGCCUGGAGCCCCCGGAGCAUGGAGACACCUACUACUGCAUGCUGUUCAACGAUGAGGUCCACACGUAUGAGCAGGUGAUCUACACACUGCAGAAAGCAGUCAGCUGCAGCCAGAAGGAGGCGGUUAGCUUCGCCACCACCGUGGACAGAGAUGGCAGGAAGUCGGUCCGGUUCGGAGACCGUCAGUUCUGUGAACAGGCCAAGUCCAUCAUUGUUAGGUAUACCAGCCGGCAGUCCAAACCUCUACGGGUCCAGGUGAUGCACUCGUCUGUGGUGGCCCAUCAGUGUUUUUCUCUAAAGGCUCUCAGCUGGUUGGGACAGAUCAUCCAAUACUCGGAUGGUCUGAAGAGGAUUCUGUGCCAAGUGGCCCUAAAGAAAGGGCCAGAAGGAGAGAACUCCUCGCUUGUUGAUCGCCUGAUGCUUAACGACUCCAAGAUGUGGAAAGGAGCUCGGAACAUCUACCACCAGCUGCUAAUGAACAGUCUCCUUAUGGACCUCAAGUUCAAGAAGAUCUUUGCCAUCCAGUUCGCCAAGAACUACAGACGGCUGCAGACAGAUUUUAUGGAGGAUGAUCAUGAGAGAGUGGUGUCAGUGACGUCGUUGUCAGUGCAGCUCUUCACCGUCCCCUCCCUGGCCCGGAUGCUGAUGGUGGAGGAGAACCUGAUGAUGACCAUCAUCAGAACCUUUGUGGACCAGCUACGUCACAGAGACCCUCAGGGACGCUUCCAGUUCGACCGCUACACUGCCCAGCAGGCCUUCAAGUUCGGCCGGGUCCAGAGCCUCAUUGGAGACCUCAAGUACGUCCUGAUCAGUCCGCCCCCUGAGUGGAGCGACCAGCUCAGGCUGAAGUUCCUGGACGGCUUUGACGCCUUUCUGGACCUGCUGAGGUGCAUGCAGGGCAUGGACCCGGUGGUGAGACAGGUGGGCCAGCACAUCGAGAUGGAGCCUGAGUGGGAGGCGGCGUUCACCCUGCAGAUGAAGCUGACCAACAUCAUCUCCAUGAUCCAGGAGUGGUGCUCCACUGACGAGCAUGUUCUGAUCGGGGCCUAUAAGAAGUGUUUGAGCGCGCUCCAUCAGUGCCACGGCGGCCUGUCUGAUGGCGAGCAGCCAAUCAGCUUGAGCCUAGCGGGUCACAGCCUGGACACCUUCAGGUACCAGGUGUCCCAGGAUAAGGUGUCCAUCCACCUGCCUGUGUGCAGAAUGCUGGCAGGGCUCCACGUUCUUCUCAGCAGGACAGAGGUGGCGUCUCGGUUCCCCGAGCAGCUGCCACUGGGUGAGCUUAGCCCCCACCUCCUCAUAGAGCUGCCUCUGCGCUGCCUGGUGCUCUGCGCACAGGUGCAUGCUGGGAUGUGGAGGAGGAACGGCUUCUCCCUGAUCAACCAGAUCUACUACUACCACAACGUGAAGUGCAGAGUGGAGAUGUUCGACAAGGACAUCAUGAUGCUGCAGGUGGGGGCCUCCAUGAUGGAUCCCAACCACUUCCUGAUGGUCGUUCUGAGCCGCUUUGAACUCUUCCACAUCUUCAGCUCUGUUGACAUCAGGAAGAGAUACAGAGAGGCCAAUAAGGACCUGGCUCAGCAGAACACCUUGAUCGAGGAGAUGCUGCACCUCAUCAUCAUGGUUGUGGGUGAGCGUUAUGUUCCGGGCGUGGGCCAGGUGGACCCUCUGGAGGAGGUCAGGAGAGAAAUCGUCCACCAGCUCUCCAUCAGACCCAUGGCUCACAGCGAGCUGGUCAAAGCUCUGCCUGAGAAUGGCAAUAGGGAGACGGGUCUGGAGAGAGUCAUCGACAGCGUUGCCUCGUUCAGACCGCUGCGUCCUGAGUGGAACAAACACUUCAACCUGUACUUCCAUCACUACAGUAGAGCGGAUCAGUCAAAGGCUGAGGAGGCUCAGAGGAAGCUGAGGAGACAGAACGGCGAGGACACAGCCCUGCCACCUCCCCUCCCCCCCCCUCUCUGCCCGCUCUUCGGCAGCCUGGUGAACCUGCUGCAGUGCGACGUGCUGCUGGCCGUAGAGGGCACCGUCCUGCAGUGGGCCGUGGAGCCGAGUGGAGGAGGCUGGACGGAGUCCAUGCUGCAGAGGGUGCUGCACCUGGUGGGCAUGGCUCUGCUGGAGGAGCAGCAGCAGCUGGAGAGCAGCAGCGGAGAUGAAGACGUCACCUUCACAUACAGCAACAAGAUCACACGUCCAGGUGAAGCUCCCAGCACCUCAGGAAGUGUCCUGGCUCUGCUGGAAAGUCUGCAGAACGCUCCUCACCUUGAGGUCCACAAAGACAUGAUCACAUGGAUCCUGAAGAUGGUUGAAAACAUCAAAACGAUCCGAGAACGGACCUCGUCCAGCUCCAGCAUCACCAUCAACCAGGGGAGAGGCCUGGAGGAGACCGUCAGAGACAAAGACAAGGCGGAGAGGAAGAGGAAGGCCGAGAUGGCUCGCCUCCGCCGGGAGAAGAUCAUGGCCCAGAUGUCUGAGAUGCAGAGACACUUCAUCAACGAGAACAAAGAGCUUUUCCAGCAGAGCAUGGAGGAGCUGGAGGCGUCCACUUCUGCUGCAGAGCACAGUCCUCCCAGUUUAGACCUGACCAGUGCCUCCCAGAUCUGCGUGGGGCCCAGGAGGAUGGGCUGGGCUGAGCGGCGCCAGUCGGUGACCUGCAUCCUGUGUCAGGAGGAGCAGGAGGUCAGGGGUCACGGCCGAGCCAUGGUGCUGGCAGCGUUCGUCCAAAGAUCCACCGUUCUGUCCCAGAACCGCGGCUGCAGCCUUCCGGAUCCAGAACAUCACGACCCGUUGUUCAUGCACCCUGAGCUCCGGGUGGGGAUCCACACGGCCAGCUGUGGACACAUCAUGCACGCCACCUGCUGGCAGAGGUACUUCGAGGCGGUCCAGCAGAAGGAGCAGAGACGGCAGCAGCGUCUGAGAGGACACACCAGCUACGACGUGGAGAACGGAGAGUUCCUGUGCCCGCUGUGCGAGUGUCUGAGCAACACUGUCAUCCCGCUGCUGCCGCACGCCGCCUCACCUGAUACCAGUGUGGAGCAUCCCUGUCUGGAGGCGUGGCUAAAGAGGACCAGUCAGCAGAUGGCAGCGUUAUGCUCCACCCACAGGAAGCAGUCACCUGGUGCAGCAGAGGAGGCGGCUCCUGAUGGUUUCAGAGUCGACUUUAUUCCACCAAACCCGUACUCCAGCGGCAUCAGCACCAUGAUCAACACCUUCAGCAUGUCGGCUUACAAGGUGGGCCUCAGAGUGAACCCCAACGAGCAGGACCCCCGGGUGGCGGUGCUGAGCUGGGCCACCUGCGCCUUCACCGUCCAGAGCAUAGAGCGCCUCUUGGAGGAAGAGAAGAAGCCGCUGUUUGGAAGCCUGCCCUGCCGCCAGGAAGACUGCUUGAGCUCUCUGACCCGGUUCAGCUCAGCCUGCUGGACCUCAGCUCCUCUCAGAACCGUCCACAGUCAUUUCAUCAGGCUCAUGUCAGUUCUGGUUCCGGACCGCCAGGCGGACGACGGUCCCUGUAUCCUGGACAUCGACAUGUUCCACCUGCUGGUGUACAGCGUUCUGUCCUACAGCUCGGUCCAGAGUCUGGACCAAUCAGGACGCAGCUCUGAGGAUUCUGCUCAUCUCCACCUGCUGCACCUGACAACAGUGGCUCAGCUGGUCCAGAUCCUGCUCACCAUCCGGCCAGAGGAGCAGUGUAUGGAGCACAGUGAGCAGUCAGAGGAGGAGCAGCUCUCUUCUCAGCUCUACAUGUUCCUCCAGCAGCUUGUGGGCAGGGCGCUUCCUGAAGUGUCCUCUGGGUGGCAGCUGUGGACCAGCGUUAGAGCUGGCAUCCUGCCGUUCCUCCGGACCGCAGCGCUGUUCUUCCACUACCUGAACUCUGCCGCACCACCUGCUGACCUCCUCGGAACAGGACCGGGUCAGUGGGAGGCUCUGUGUAGCUACCUCAGCCUGCCCUCCAACCUGCUGCUGCUCUACGAAAACCACCGUGCACUACUGGAGCCACUCGUCAGCAGAUGUGUCUCCAGGCGAGGGAACCCUCUCCACCUCUGCACAGAGCGCUACAGGAAGAUUGAGCGUCUGUGGCGGCAGCACGGCAUCCCUGAGGUCAUCGGCCACGCCCAGGAGGCCAAUCAGACGCUGGUGGCCAUCGACUGGCAGCACCUGUGAUCGCCCAACCUCAUUGGCUCUCAGCCUUGGCCCCGCCCACUAAUGAACCUCUUCUUUGAACCAAUCAGUUUGCUGCAGCUGAGGUCAGCAGCCUUCAGGGAUCUUUUUUAGGGUGUUUCAAUCGUGACCUUUGACCUCUGACUGACCCCUUUUCAGUCGUCCAAUCAGAGGCAGCACAACUGACAUCAGUUUUUCAACCAGGGUCCCAUGGCCCCGUGACAUUUUCAUGAACUGGGUCACCAUGGUAACCAGGUGAGGGAGAGUCAUCCAAUGGCUGCUGGCCUCGUGGAAAAGAUCUGAACCGGAUCAACGGCCGGCAGAACCGGAUCGACCCCACUGCUGAUUGGUCAGCUGAUCCUCCAGGACGUCUGAGUUCUGACAGCUGGUUGGUUGAUUGGCUCAGCCAUCCUGUGUUGAUUAGGAAGUGGCUUUUAGUUUAGUUCUGCUCUUUGGUUUUAUUUAACGAACUGACUGUGAUGACAUCACUUCCUGUUUGAGUUUUUAGGAGUGGAACCCCGGGUCCAGUGUUGGCUCGGCUGCUCGCUCCGUCACUUUACCGUCACUUCCUGUGCAAAUGAGUUGGUCUUAUAGUAGAAAAAAUUAAAUAAAAAUGAAU